CAGGUGCUGCUUACUGCCAAUUCAUGGACAUGCUCUUCCCAGGUUCAGUAGCUCUCAAGAAAGUGAAGUUUCAAGCAAAAUUGGAACACGAAUACAUUCAGAACUUCAAGGUUCUACAAGCAGGUUUCAAACGAAUGGGUGUGGACAAAAUCAUUCCUGUGGACAAAUUAGUGAAAGGAAAAUUUCAGGACAACUUUGAAUUUGUUCAGUGGUUCAAGAAAUUUUUUGAUGCAAACUAUGAUGGGAAGGAAUACGACCCCGUGGCUGCCCGACAAGGCCAGGAGACAGUGGCACCAAACCUCGUUGCUCCAGUGAUGAACAAACCCAAGAAACCUCUCGGUACUGGCAGUGCAGCCCCACAGAGGCCCAUUGUUGCACAGAGGACCCCAGCAACUCCCAAAGGAGGUACUGGGAUGGUCAAAAAGGCUGCAGGAGAUGAUGAAUCAGCAGGAUUGAUUGAGCAGAUCAACGUAUUGAAGCUCACUGUUGAAGACCUGGAGAAGGAAAGGGACUUCUACUUUGGCAAACUGCGGAACAUUGAGCUGAUCUGCCAGGAGAACGAAGGGGAGAACGACCCAGUGCUGCAGAGGAUUGUGGAAAUUCUUUAUGCCACAGAUGAAGGCUUUGUGAUACCUGACGAAGGAGCGCCGCAGGAGGAGCAAGAAGAGUAUUAACAGACCACAUACUGUACCAGCAGAGCAGCAACAUCGGAAUUCUGUGCCCCAGAUCAUGUGCUUAACUGUAAAAUACUCCACUUUAUUCUUAGAGGACUCACUGGUUUCUUUUCAUAAGCAAAAAAAAAAAGAAAAAAAAAAAGUUACCUCUUCUUAAAGUGCACUUUGCGGAAGUUUCACUCUUUUUGCAGUGGGUUUGAGUUAGGAACUCUCUCUCACUCUGUAGCAGAGCAGUAUUCACAUCUAGGUGGUAUAUUUAGGGAGCAAGAGGCUGAACAUUUGGAACUCGUUGGUUUGCUGGUAAACACUGGUUCGUGGAAAGACUUUUUCUUUGUACCUGAGGUGCUGUGUAGUAGAGAACGUAAAAGACUCUGACUCAUGGAAAGGUGGAGUUAAUGUGAAAUUGCAGCACGGAGAUGAUCAU